GUUUACGUGUGUAUGUGUUGGGUGCGAGUCAUCGGCAUCGUCCAUCGGCUGAAUUCGUAACGUGCUGCGCGCAUUGGAAUAGGAAGUUCACAUCGCAACUGGAAACUGGAAAUUGGAAGUGUUGGCGUUCUGGAAUCAAGCAGUCGCAGCAGCAGAAGAAGUCGCAGCAGCAGCAGCAGAAGCAGCAGCAGCAGCAGCGGGUUUCUUCUUCGACUCUUGACGGUUCGCGGUUGCGUGAUAUAGCCUGGCUAUCAGUUAGUUCAGUCGAAGGCUUACAGUGAACGCGACGAAAAGUGCCAACGGUUCUUCGAUCUUUCAACAGCAUCUACGCGUUCGUUAUUCAAAUUCAAUUGUGCACAAGAGAUCCCCGAGAGUUUCAAACCUCUUGAACAAAAUCAUGGCCAAAAUCAUUUUGUUUUGUGUGCUCAGCCUCUUGGCAUGCGCUGCAGGUCAACGCAUUACGACUAUACAUUUGGAUGGUGUGCAGUACUUUAUCAGUCGUAUGAAUCCGUAUUCACCGGAGCUAAACUAUUUCUUGGCCUAUCAAUACUGCCGAUCACUGGGCCUGCAAUUGGCCUCUUUCGAGACCAAGGAGAAGGCCGAGUCGAUGACUACAUAUCUGAAGAAUGCCGGCUAUGGCAAUUAUGAUUUCUGGACCUCCGGAAAUCGUUUGGGCACGGGCAUGUUCCUAUGGAUGAGCACCGGACUACCGUUCAAUGCGACAUUCGAUUUCUUCGAGAAUUCGGCCGAUGCCAUCCAAGCGGGCCUGCUCGAUCCCGUCGAUCACAAUAGCAACACCUCGCCACAGCGCACGGCACGCGACAGCAGUGGUGCCGAGAAGGGCUGCGUCAUACUGAAGCAGCCGACGUUGAAAUGGAUGCCCGAGGACUGCUCUGCCGUAAAGGAUUUCAUUUGCGAACAGACCCGCUGCUAUUAUUACAACUAUGGCAGCAUUCCGGUAUCGUCUGCGCAGGGACGCCCCAUUACUUCAACCACACCACGCACACCUGCCGAUCUGUUGAACCUGCCAUCGACCACGCCACUGCCCCUCAUCAUGUCCACCAGCGCCGGCAGCGGCAGCGGCAGCGGCGGCGGUUUGUUUGCCAAGCCCAAGUCGUCGAUGUCGAUGUCCGAUUCAGCUCAUCAGCCGUCGACUGUGUGGUUCAAGCUGAAUCACGAUCGCUCGCUGGCUGAUGCGGAUGCCGCCGAUGUGGAUGGCGACCUGGAGGCUGAUGUGGAGGAGCACGAUGAUGCUGAUGGCGAGACUGAUUUCGAUGAGCAUGAGCACGAGCAUGAGUCUGGCGAUGCCUCCAACGAGCACGCACGCGAGCUGGGCGAUGCCGACGGGGAUGUUAAGGAGCACGUUUUUCCACUAAACGACAACGAGCUGCACAACGAAAUGCAUUCGAUCGAGGAGCUACAGCUGCAGCUGCAGGCUCAGGCUAACGAGGAGCAGCCCGAGCAUGAGGAGGAUGCACCAGAGGCGGAUGAGAAUGCCAGUGCAGACCAUGAGUCGGAAGCUGACGCUGAGUCGGAAUCUGAGCCUGAGGCGGACUCGCACUUCGAGUCGUCGGCCAGGGUCAGCGAUGCACCAGCAGCCAAGCUGCCCAGUUCCACAGAGUCGCCGGCCAUCGAGGUGCGUCUCAAGCAGAUAGCACAGGAUUUCGAGAAGAUGACCAGCUCCCAGGAGCUGCAGCGCGCGGCUGCUGCAGUCGUCAGCAAGGAUGAGAUUACGCCACAAUCAUCGCUCUCACUCAGCGAUCUCAUACGCACGCUGCGUCCCAACGAGCAGCAGAUCAUACCACAAAUCGACUCCGACUACUCCAAUGCAAUGCGUGUACUGGGCAAAACAUCCGCCGUGGUUGGCAACGAGGACUCACGCAAGUUCAAGGUGCUGCCCGAAUCACACAACUUCUAGGAAACCUAAGGCAUAAGUGCGAAGUGUAGGCUUCAGUUUUGUGGGGCACUGUCGUGGGUUCCACUGAGGAAUGUUCAUUAACGAUGCCCAGAAGGUGCCCAAUGGCGCUUCUCUCUGCGGACCCACCACAGCUAACACAUACUCUCUCUCCAUAGAUAUUAAUUAAUUACAAUUUGUCCAAUCCGAGCUGAGAGUCUGACACACUUCUUAUAUACUACUUACUAUAUUACUAUAUAAUAAUAUAUGCUUUAAUUGUAUGACAAAAAA